CCGAUUCCCCAACCCUAAGCAGCCAUGGCCGCGCCGCCGCCCACGGGCUGCUUCAAGUGUGGCCGCCCCGGCCACUGGUCCCGCGACUGCCCCUCCUCCGCCUCCACCAACCCUCCUGCCGCCGCCGACGCGCCCACCAACCCUAGCCACCUCUCCGGCGCCGCCUCCCGCUUCAACGCCAAGCCCAGGCCCCCCGCGGCGGCGGUGGAUGGCGAGGACGGCAAGGGGAAGAAGAAGAAGGAGAGGGCCACGCGCCCCAAGCUCACGCCGGACCUGCUCCUCUCCGACGGCGGCAUCGGCUUCGUGCUCCGCUACUUCCCCAAGGCGUUCAAGCCCCGCGCCCGCCCAGGCCACGAGGUGGACGACCUCGCUAACCUCAUCAAGCUCUACGCGGACUGGCACUCCCGCCUGAUCCCCUACUACUCCUUCGAACAGUUCGUGCGCAAACUCGAGAAAUUGGGUGCCGGCAACCGCGUCAGGAGAUGUGUUUCCGAACUCAGGGAUAGGGUCGCCAGAGGCGGUGAUCCUACGCUUCUGCACGAACCGCCAGUCCACGAAGACAUGCCAUUGCCAGGCGGAGGUGAACAUGGUACUGAAGACCCAGUUCUCGGCACCGAUGCUCCGCUGUCGGACAACCAUGGCACUGGCCCCGUGGUGCAGGAAGACGCAGAUCCACCGAUGGAGAGCAACGACGUGGUGGAUCCCAUGGAAGAGGAUCUGCUUAACGAAAUCUACGAAAACACAGCUGAUAUCCCGGCUGGUGAGGGAGCCAGCAAGGAGUCUCCGGAGCAGUCGGCUCCAAAAGAAGCCAACUCGCUGGCGCAGGAACCCCAGGACGGCGACGUCCCCAAGCCGGCGAAGGUUGAGCUCACUGAGGCGCAGAAGGCACGCAUGGAGGCCAACAGGCUCAAGGCCUUGGAGAGAGCGGCGGCACGGGCUCGUGCCUCGCAGCAGCCCACCUAGAUACGCAAGAUGCUGCUGUCUUCACUUCACUUCAAUAGUUGGUUGGUUGGUUGAGAUGAUGCAUCAUUCUGUGGUGUGUCAUUGACAAGGACACGUAGUUCGCUGGUGUCUGAUUGAAUCUGGGUCUGCUCUAGUCGAUUUGGUCCCUAGUAGUAUGUAACAGGAGAAGAUAAGAGUUUGUUGGAUGUGCUUGAAAGCUUCGUCCUGUUCUCGCUUCCCCAACCAUUCUAGAGUCAGAAUUCCAUGUCAUUCAAGCUGAUCUUCUCAUUCAUCGUUUUGCUGCAUAGUGCGUCUUGGUCCAAUUGUCUUCAUUUAGGUUCUAGUUUGAGAACCCUAUUUUUUCAAUGGAUUUUUAUUUUUACAA